UAUAUGAAGAAAUUCGCAAAAGCUUCCUAGUGUCUUGACAUCAACCAAAAGAGUCAAUUUAGCUAUAAGAAGCUAUUAGCAGAAUAUUAUAAAUUUAUGAAACCAAUUGAAGCAACAGAAGAAGAAGCCAAUCAUUUAUUUUAAUAUGGAAAUUAAAUAUAAUGAAUUAUUUUAAAUAUUAACUUCAUUAAUAGAUGUAAAAAAGGCAUAUGAUUGUAAUGUAUUAAAAUUGAGUUUUUAUAGCUACAAUCAUAGAAAAUAAUUGUUAUCUAAAGGAGACUUUAACUUCAAAUAUGAAGCUUAAAUAAGUAAAGUAUUAUAUAAAUAAGGUAAAAGUGGUUCAAUUAUAGUAUACGAAUUGAAGGGAAUAUUUAGUGAUGCUUCUAUGGAUAUGUGGAAAUAAGGGGUUCAAUAGUAUGAGCCAUAUUUUGAUGGACAAAUCUGAAUGGAAGAAUUUUUCAUAAUUUGAAAAGAUAGAAUAAUAUGAUAAGGCGUAC